AUGAUGCGCAUUCGGAAGCCGUUUGCAGGCGCCUUCGCAGCCCUCAUCUUCAUCUCCGCCGCCGGCGGCUUCGCUCCGCAAGAAUACAACGUCACACCCUCCUACAAGCAAUCCGACAAAGCUCUGCACUUCAUCGCCUUCUCCCUGCUGACGCUGACGUUCUACUGGAUCCUCGAGACGUCCCGGCGGAAAGUCGUACAAUACACACUUGUCGUUGUUACGCUUGGGCUUGGGGUGGCGAGUGAGGUUGUGCAGGGCCUGUUGCCUAUCGAUCGCCAAUUUGAUUACUUCGAUAUCGUUGCGAACGUUCUCGGCUCGCUGACCUCGCUGACUAUGUGCAAUUGGUACCAUAAGCGUAUGCUUGAGCGGAAGCGGGUUGCGCGGGGUUAUGGUGCGGUUGCGGGCGACGACCAUGAUUUGGAUAUUGAACUUGGCGAAUCCCGCGUUGAGGAGGAUAGGCAGGAGUCUGGUAUUGUCAGGCCGGAUGUGGAUCGGGAGUUAGACAACUGGGAUGAGAAUGCGGAGGACUGGGAGACUACCGAGCCCGGAGAGGCUUUGAACGGACAGGCUGAGGGAGGUGACCUGGGCGAUAGCAAGAAGCGGGCGGAUUAA